UUUUAGGGAGGACUUUCGUGCUUCACAUUCGUCAGUUCCUUAGAAAACAUUUUGAAUUUGCUUCCUUGUGCAAAUGCUUUUGGUGUUUUGUCUAGGCGUAAAUGCGCUUCAAACAUGGCCCAGCAUCACAAAUAUCAAUGCUGGUUUAUCAGUGGAAGGAGGAGUUAGAAGUAGUUUUUUUUAUGUAGCCAAUUGCAUGCGACUUUCACAUACUUCUUAAGUUGGCAUACUUUACCUGUAUUCAGUCAGACACUCAAUCACAGCAUGAAACUCUCCGCAUCAUAUCAGCUGAUCUGGCUGAUUCUUCUGCUGGGACACACAGAAGCUAGGACGCGCCCAGUUCUCAGAGUUUCUCCACACAGCUGGGCAGCUGAAGGAGACUCAGUGACUCUGAGCUGUGAGGUUACAGACUCGUCCAUAAAAUGGAAAUUUCUCUGGUACAAAACGGUUCCCUUCCGAAGAACUGUUCCAUUCAAUGAGGACUCUCCUAUUUUUGAUGACAGAAAGAAACCGCACUAUGUGGAGCUCCUCUCAGACAGCAGCAGAGGAGCUGGAGGCUUCUACACUCUCAGCCCUGCUGCUCUUCAACACACUGGGAGUUAUGUGUGCAGAGCAGAGGGAGGAGAUCCAGCCUAUCAGACAGACUUCAGUGAGAUUAAGAAUCUCUGGGUCACAGGUGUGUCUCCUCCUGCAUCUCUGGUCAUCAGACCCAACAGAACUCAACUGUUCUAUUCUGAGUCUGUUUCCCUGAGCUGUGAGGUACAGGACAGCUCUACUGGAUGGAGACUGAGAUGGAGAACAAAGAAAGUGACAUCAGUCGAAGACAGAGAAGACAAUUUAGACUGUCCAUAUGGUUGGUAUUCAGAAAGUGGAACCACUUGCAGAACUAAAAUUCAGACGUUGCAUGACAGUGGAGUCUACUGGUGUGAGUCUGAGUUUGGACAAUACAGUAAUGCUGUCAACAUCUCAAUAAACUGGAAACCGAAAUCAGAAAUCAGAAAUCCUCCACACAGCUGGGCAGCGGAAGGAGACUCAGUGACUCUGAGCUGUGAGGUUACAGACGCCUCCUUCAACUGGACAUUCCUCUGGUACAAAGCGGUUCGAACUGGUGAAGAUUACUACAGAGAAGGUUUUUUUAUCUACGAUGAUAACUAUUAUGCAGCAGAGCUCCUCCCAGACAGCAGCAGAGGAGCUGGAGGCUCCUACACCCUCAGCCCUGCUGCUCCUAGACACACUGGGAGUUAUGUGUGCAGAGCAGAGGGAGGAGAUCCAGCCUACCAGACCGGCUUCAGUAAUGUGGUGGCUCUCUGGGUCACAGGUCUGUCUCCUCCAGCCUCUCUGGUCAUCAGACCCAACAGACCUCAGCAGCUGUAUGUAUCUGAAUCCGUCUCCCUGAGCUGUGAGGGACGGGACAAGUCUACCAGAUGGAGACUGAGAUGGUCAACAGGGUCAGAAAACGACAAUGUCUGUCCUAAUGGAUGGACAUCAGAAGCAGGACCCACAUGCACCAAUAGUAGAAUACAAAGCGCGGAUGCAGGAGUGUACUGGUGUGAGACUGAAUCUGGGCAAUAUAGCAAUGCUUUCAACGUGUCAAUAAAACAGAAACCCAUUGCUGUUCUCAGUGCUUCUACGGAUAGUUGGCUUGCUGAAGGAAACUCAGUGACUCUGAGCUGUGAGGUUUCAGACACAUCCUUAAAGUGGAAAUUCCUCUGGUAUAGAGCAGUUCCCUACAAAAAGGAAUUACCUCGUUUGAAACACGGAUGGAUCAAUUACAAUGCAAAGCUCCUCUCAGACAGCAGCAGAGGAGCUGGAGGCUCCUACACUCUCAGCCCUGCUGCUCUUCAACACACUGGGCUUUAUGUGUGCAGAGCAGAGGGAGGAGAUCCAACCUAUCAGACAGACUUCAGUGAAGUCAUACCUCUCUGGGUCACAGGUCGGUCUCCUCCAGCUUCUCUGCUCCUCAGACCCAACAGACCGCUAUUUGAGUCUGAGUCUCUCACCCUGAGCUGUGAGGUACAGGACAAGUCUACUGGGUGGAGACUGAGAUGGUACUCAGAAAAACAAGUGAGUUUGUAUACUAAUCGUGACCACAUACUUCAGUGUCCAAAUGGUUGGACGUCAGAAGCUGUAAUCACAUGCCGCACCAGUAAGCUAGAACAUGAUGACAGGGGAGUGUACUGGUGUGAGUCUGAAUCUGGACAACACAGCAAUGCUGUACAAGUCGCAGUGAAGAACAAACCUGACACAAUUCUCAGGGUGUUCAGAGAUCCUGCUUUCGGUUGGCCGGCUGAAGGAAGCUCAGUUACUCUGGAAUGUGAUGUAAAAGGCCGCCCCUUCAACUGGACAUUCAUGUGGUACAGAGCAGUACCCUACAAAAGCAGUGCUUCAUUCAAACCAGUUGUUCGUUACAAAGUGAGCAGUUACUCUGUGGAGCUCCUCUCAGACAGCAGCAGAGGAGCUGGAGGCUCCUACACUCUCAGCCCUGCUGCUCUUCAACACACUGGGCUUUAUGUGUGCAGAGCAGAGGGAGGAGAUCCAGCCUAUCAGACAGAAUUCAGUAAUGUGGAGACUCUUUGGGUUGUAGGUCUGUCUCCUCCUGUCUCUCUGGUCAUCAGACCCAACAGAACUCAACUGUAUGAAUAUGAGUCUCUCUCUCUGAGCUGUGAAGGACAGGACAGCUCUACUGAAUGGAGGCUGAGAUGGAUUGGACAGAAAGAAGAGGGGCUGGGCUGUCCAAAGUAUUGGAGAUUAGAAGCUGGAUCUACAUGUAGUACCAGCGAACUACAGCCAGAUGACAGUGGAGUGUACUGGUGUGAGUCUGAAUCUGGAGAACACAGCAACCCUUUCAAAUUACGAAUGAACUUGAGACCCAGACCUUUUCUUCAUGUCAGUCCACACAGCUGGCCAGUUGAAGGUGACUCAGUGACACUGAACUGUAAGGUGACAGACACCUCCUUAGGCUGGACAUUUCUCUGGUACCGAGCAGUUCCCAAAAAAGGAUCUGGUCCCUUCACAGAUGACUCAACUGUUACUGAAAGGAAUCGCAAUCGUUACUCUGUGGAGCUCCUCUCAGACAGCAGCAGAGGAGCUGGAGGCUCCUACACUCUCAGCCCUGUUGCUCUUCAACACACUGGGCUUUAUGUGUGCAGAGCAGAGGGAGGAGAUCCAGCCUAUCAGACUAUGUACAGUAACAUGAAGCCACUCCGGGUCAUAGGUGUGUCUCCUCCAGCCACUCUGGUCAUCAGACCCAACAAAACAGACCUGUUUGCAUCCGAGUCUGUCUCCCUGAGCUGUGAGGUGAAGGACAAGUCUACUGGAUGGAGGCUGAGGUGGGACACAAACAGAAGAGAGGAGUCAGUUUGUCCUGCUAGCUGGAGAUCAGAAGCUGAACUCACAUGCAGCACCAUUGGUCUCCAGUACCGGGAUAGAGGAGUGUACUGGUGUGAGUCUGAAUCUGGACAGCACAGCAACGCUGCCCAUAUCAAGAUAUUGUAUCACUAAGUGCUGAGAUGUUCGAGAUUCCUGAUUUCAGUAAUGUACUGUUCUAUACCAUAUAUAAAAAACAAUGAACCAUAAUGAUCAAGUCAAGUUAUUUAUUCUGUCUCCCAGCACAGUUGGAGAUGUAAGAUUAACUAAAAAGUGCACGUUUAAUGUAUGCAAGUCCUAGUGUCCCUAGACCAAGUGCAUUGCCUGCGGAAAGAAGCUCCUCCUCAGUCAUUCAGUUCUGGCUGAGAUGUAGGCUAGUCCCCUACCAGAUGGUAGCCACUUGAAGAGGUUGUGGUUGGGAUGGUGGUGAAUGCCUUUCAUGAUGUGCUGUGUAUAGCAGAAUAUAUUCUUGGAGAUUUAUAAUAUGUUAAUCACUAAUGUUUCACUAAGUGGUGCAUUGAAACUAACAAGAAAGUUUUGUGUGCGCACGCAAAACCUUUUCAUGUGUGCACAUGAACAUUUCUUAGGGUCUCCGUAGUUGUACCACAGCGGUGCCUGUGAAACUUUGGUUCCACUUACAAAAUAAAUGAAUGUUUUAAGUCUUCCACGACCACCAUGGGAUCAUAUAAAACAAACGAAAAUAGGACCUGGAGAAAGAUAUUGACUGUUGGUAUUUCUGGUGAGGAUUUGAGAUUGCAUUGAGUAAUUCCAAUAAAACAAGAUUUCGAAAUGGCUUGCAUUGUUUGUAUUGACUAUUAAUAUUUUCAUGUACUGUUAAAUAUAUAUUCCUAAAAUGGUUGUACAUUUGUGAGAAAGACAAGUUAAAACGAACUGACUAUGAGCUGAUUUGGUGUUUAACAUUCCAUUGUAACAGUAAUUACAUUGUAACCUUCAUCAAGCUCACGUCCAGUUCCACUGUAUGUUCGCGGAGAACUACCUCCACAGACUGUUUACGAUUGUUCACAAAAACAAUACCAAAUAGAUGUUUUGAUCUUUUUUUUAAGAAA